AUUAUUAGCAUUUUGUUGGAAAAAAUACGAACGUCUCGUCUGCCAGUUUGUGGAAAACAUUUCACUGCGAUGUGAUGUAUCUUGAAAAUGCGUUGUUUGUGUUUAUUGAGUAUAACUAGAGGUGUGACUCUCAGAUCGGAUGGCACCGAAUCUCCAAUUCUUGAAGAACAGGAAAGUGCCAAUUCGGAAAAGCCAAAACAACAAGUGAAAUAUGGUGAAUUAGUCAUUUUAGGAUAUAAUGGAUUUCUGCCACAAGGAGACAGAGGAAGAAGACGAAGCAAAUUUGUAUUCUGCAAACGAGCAGUAGCCAACGGCGUCAAAAGGUUAAGGCAUUAUGUAGUUAAAACGCCUCAUUCGACGCACGCCAUCUUAGAUGCCAAUCAACAUUCGAUAUCAUAUACCCUUUCUAGAAAUCAAGCUGUUAUAGUAGAAUAUACGAAUGAUGAGGACACUGACAUGUUUCAGAUCGGUAGGUCAUCAGAAUCACCUAUAGACUUUGUAGUAAUGGAUACCAUACCAGGCGAUAAAAUGGGAGAAACAAAAGUGAACCAAAGUACAAUUUCAAGGUUUGCCUGUAGAAUAUUAUGUGAUCGAGUUAAUACAAAAAUAGCUAGGAUAUAUGCCGCAGGUUUCGAUACUUCUAGAAAUAUCUUUUUAGGGGAGAAAUCCCUCAAGUGGCAGGAAAAUGGAAGGGAAAUAGAUGGAUGUACAACAAAUGGUGUUCUUAUAAUGCACCCGAGAGGGAGUUUCUGUGGAGGAGAAGCAAAAUGUGGAUACUGGUUAGAGACAUCUGUUGGAGGAGGAAUUUUUUCUUUGAGGGAGUCUCGAUCAGCACAACAAAGAGGACAAGUGAUAGAGGAAGUUACAAAUGUUCUUCAAGAUGGGACACUAAUUGAUUUAUGUGGGGCAACACUACUAUGGCGCUCAGCGGAAGGAUUAGAAAAAUCACCAGUGAGUUUGAUUGUUUCAAAAUGUUAAAAAAAGUGCCUUAUG